AUGAUUACUCAAACGAAACUAGUGUUCGCGCUGCGGCUAAUCUCAGCGGGUGGAACAAGCGGGUGGGGCGUGGGCGGCGGCGGGCGCGGCCCCGAGAUGUGGACGUUGAGGCGGGGUCCGCGGUCACUGGACGCGCUGAGAUCCGGGCGAGCGGGCCGGGGCCAGGGCUCGCCGGCGGCGCGGCGCGGAGCGGGGCGGCGACGCUGUUCAUCUGCACAAGGAAUACACCUUAUAAUAUCCAGUCAGCCUGUGACGGUUUAUUUCUAA